CUUUGCAAUUUGUCCCACAAAACUUUGGACUUUUAAAACAUUUAUGGUAAAAAAAAAAAAUCUAAAAUAAUUCCUAACUUAUUAGUCAUUUAUAUUAAGACAAGUGUGAUGCCCAGGACAGUGUACUUUGUCAAGCAGAAGAGAGGUGGGAGGUCUUUAAAAGGGCCGUCUGUCAGUGCAGACAGUUAGUCUUGGUUUGAACUCAGUCUUGGUUUGAACUCACUCUGAGCAAGAGGAGCACAUCAAGCAAUACUUUAAAGAACCGCACCACAUGACGAAGUGUCAGAUUUACUUAACAGCAAAUUCCUUUCUGUGGAGUGGAAUUGAAUAUAGGAAAAGGAUCUUUUUGCUUCAAUGUGUGUGACAGAGGAGUCUGGUCUUUUCCAUUGUCAAACACGUACCAGAUGACCAUCCUUGUGUCAACCCUGAUCCAGAGUAAAGCUAAGUUGCAGGUAAAGUGUCUGUGUGUGCUUGUGUUGCUGAGCUUCCCUCUGACGAUGACGGAGGUCCCUGGUCCCUGCAGACACUCCAUCACACGGGAGCACCUGCUCACACUCCGACAUUUGAUGGACAACCAGUUAAGAACUGGGUGUUCUAUGACGUACACGUUCAUAGAGCGAAGAAGUUUGAGCAAAUGCUGCUUUGUAAAAGCUGCCUUACCGUGGAUCUUAGAACUCCUCACUACACAGUUCAAAUACGGCAGAGGUUCAGUUAAUGAUGGCUAUGUUCAGUCCCUGAGGGCCCUGAUCCUCAACAUGUAUUCUCAGAAGUGUGUGCCUCAGAUUAAUGAAGAGGUGGAGGACAAACCUGAGAGUUUUGAAAUGCUCUACAGAAGCGCUCCAUCAGAGGCGCUGCAGAGGGCACUAGAGGUGCUGACCCUUUACUGGGAGCUGGUCACAAUGAGUGAGGCCCCCAUUGACUGGACAUGCCAAAAUGAAUACACAGAGAGUCUGAGCUCUACCACAGAGUUGCCAACAGAGUCCACCACUCAGUACUACACAGACAGUCAUGGUAGGGACUCCAUAAAGGCCUCUCAGAGAAGAGCUGUGCAAGACAUGUACAAACUGGUCUUCAUCAUCACCUCCAUCUGUGGUGGACUGCUGUUUAUAGUGACUCUCUGCUGUCUCAUCACACAUAAGAAAUCCCAGAUUCAUCACAGGUCGAGAACACACACAGACCUUAGAGACCUGCAAGGCAUAGAGAUGGAAGAGCAAUAAUGUCAUACAGAGCACAUUUCUGCAGCAGCAGACAAUGCACUUGUGAACCUGUAUAUCUGAUUCCACUUGUAAAGUCUUGCGUUUAUAUUUGUGUGUAAUGUAUCAUUUAUGCCCACCUAUUUAAUCUGAGGUUUUGCUUUGACUGAAAGCAAAGACAGACCUUAAGUGGAAUAUGUUUAUGUAUAUGAAGUUUUAUAAAAUGCAGGUAUUGUUGAACAUUGAAGUUUUAUUUUUACAUCUUUGUAAAGUCUAUGGUGUUUCAUGCUACCGUUUAACCCAGUGACUGUAAUUUUGCCAAACACAUGUAUGAAUUAUUUAUUACUUAAAGCAGUCACAAGGAUGUACAGCAAAAAAAA